AUGCUUGCUCGCAAUGGUGCUAACUUCUGGAAAGAAGGGCAGUCCGCUUCACCCGGCCAUGCGGCGAGCAUGGCGGACCCCACGGACUUGAACCUCGAUGCGCCUAGCGAUCUACAGGAUAUCCCCGACCUGUCGCCCGUCGAUGACCUCGUGCCGCCCCCAGAGGGCACAUAUCCUGAUAAAGCGUCGUUGAUAGCGUCAGUCCAUGCUCACGCAAAGGCACACGGGUACAAUGUCGUCGUCAAGUCGUCGAGCACGCCCACCGAAAAGAAACCAGGGCGAACCGCGAAGGUCUGGUUGAGAUGUGAUCGCGGAGGCCAGUAUAGGCCCCGCAAUGGGCUGACGGAGGAGACGCGGAAGCGGAAGCGGACGUCUAGGCUGAUGGAUUGUCCUUUCAUGCUCGUGGCGGCGGGGAAUCCUGGUAUCUGGACGCUCACCGUCCUGAACCCGUCACACAACCAUGGAGCUAUCGUGGAUAAGCCGCGCCAGACACCUCACCACCGAGUCAAGAAGGGCCAGGUUACAGCCGUACCAUACGAUUGGCCUCAUGACGCCACAUUCACCCCCUUCACCACCGCUCUGGUAAUCAUCGACAUGCAGCGAGAUGUAUGCUUGCAAGAAGGAUACAUGUCAUAUCAGGGCUACGAUGUCACGCCGGCAAUGGCUCUAAUCCCUAAGAUCAGACGGCUGCUGGACGCCUUCCGAGCCGCUGGGUUUCCAGUCUACCACACCCGCGAGGGCCACAGAUCAGACCUCUCUACCCUAUCAACUCGAGAGAACUUUCGCUCCCAUAACAACCCCACAGCCUCGGGCGUUGGGUCCACCGGCCCUCUAGGCCGUUUCCUCAUCCGUGGCGAACCAGGCCAUGAUAUCGUUCCAGACCUCUAUCCGAUCGAGGGAGAACCGAUUAUCGAUAAACCUGGGCGUGGAGCGUUUGCACACACGGAUUUCGAACUCCUGCUACGGAAUAAAGGUAUUAAAAACCUUGUUGUUGUCGGCAUGACCACAGACGGCGCUGUUGCGAGCACCCUCCGUGAAGGCUGUGACAAGGGGUUCGACUGUCUGCUACUGGAAGACGGCGCCGUAGCACUCGACCCCACUCUCCAUCUGAGUGCCUGUAAUAGCGUAAAGAUGGAAGGUGGGCUGCUGGGCGCCACUUCACGCAUCGACGAUAUUGUGCACGCUGUGGAUAAUUUCAAGAGUCUCCUGGUGAAGAAGAUGGCACCGCAGAUGAUGGUUUCUUAA